AUGGCAGAACUAGAUAUCCACCCUCCCAAUUUCACAUCAUGCCUGGACCAAAACCAAAGCCCACUCUUCUCGAUAUUACCCCCAGAAAUCCGCCGGGAAAUCUUCGCCUACGCUCUUGCCGCUUUCGAGGACACUAACAGUCCAUACAGCAAAGACACAUAUUGGACACGGCCGGGCUAUGACGCGCCCCACCGCACCCACACAGAGCUCCUCCGGACCUGUAAACGCGUCUACCAGGAAGCCUGGUUCAUGCCGUUCACAUACGCAGAGCACGCCUUUUACCUAACGUGGCACGACCGAGCACCGGAACAGCUCUCGCCAAAGGCCUUCCAGCAAUGUCUGGACCUGAUCCAUCAGACGCACGGCAAGGUCGAGGCCGGCAGGAUCAGGAUCUUCGCGCAGCUUUUCAUGCUCGAAGAUGGGCACCGGAUGAAGGCGCUGGUAGACAUGACGCAUUUCUACCCGAGGAGCAUCAGGCUGACGAUCCGGUACACGGAUUUCUGGAUGUGGGAGGAGAACCAGCCUCUUUAUAUUGGUGCGCAGUGGGUCAAUAAGAUCCGCUUUCCGGAAAGUGUCACCCGCUUCAGUAUGGACUUUGAGAGUAUCGAGCGUCGCAAGGACGAGGUCGAGUAUAUUGCCAACGAGGCGGCUGACAAGUGGUUCUUCCGGCGGAAGGACGGGAAGUUUCUGACGGCUGAUAAAGCCGAUAUGUCGAUAUCGCGAUGGACAGGGAGUUCUAUUCUAAAGCGAGAGCGAUGGCUGAGGGAUGAGGUUAGACCGGGUCAAUUGGACUAUUAUGUUGUCACGGUCGUGUGGAGGGUCUCACCUGGUUUAGCAGAGGCGCCGUUACCCACGCCGUGUCCGACGGUCGAGGUACCGCAAGAUUUCCAGCGGCCCGCGCCUCCGUUUACUUUAGGGGCAUGUGUGAGUGUUGCGGAAUUGGCAAAUGCCAAUAUAGAGCUGGAUACACCGGCUGAGGAGACUUGGGUUGCCCUUGAGGCGCAUCGAAGAGCGACGCAGGAGGCAGCCAGCGACGCAGAGGACGACGUCCAGCUUGAUGACGAAGGCAUGUGGAGUGACUAA